UUUGUCUCCUCCGGUGUCUCCGUGUCUCACACUCUUCUCUCUCUGUCUCUCUCUCUCUCUCUCACACACACACACACACACACACACGGACACACUCCCCCGGCGAGCAGCGAACCCACCGGGAGGAUGUGGACUCAGUGACCGGAACAGGGAGCCCGGCUGGAUUCUUAGGACGAGCCGCUUUUUUUAAACCAUUAAACCUCCCUCUGCUGCUAAUGCUAAUGACACCGAGCUAAUUAGCAGCUGAGCUAACCAGGUUAGUUUAACUGAGUAAAGUGGUUUAAAGACAAAGCUGCUAAUAGGCUACAGCUAACUGGUUUAAAUUAGCCUAGUUUGACAAGUUAGUAUCGUGUUGAGUUAGACUGGGUUAGUUUAUCCGGGUCAGACUGGAGUUAACUGGUUUAUUUCCAGUUUAAAGUUCAAUUUUAAUCUUUUUGGCAUAAAUCCGGAUUUAAAUGUAGUUUGGGUUCGCUUCAUGUUUAAAUUUAAGAUAAAGUUUAAACUCAGAUUGUUAAUAAUCCGGUUUUAUUAGAUUCAGUGUUAAAUUAAGUUUCAACCUGGUUAGUUAACAUGAGUGAACGUGUGAGCGCUAGUUGUGAGUUGAACAGGGACUUUAAACCAGAGUCAGGUCUGGAUCUUACAACCAGUUGGUCGGUUAGUUAGUGGGUGCAGACGCAGGUUUGAACCGGGACCUGGUUUGAACCGGGACCUGGUCUGGAACUUUGAGGUGUUUUUUUGGGUCUUGAUGAAUUUAGUCCAGGUUUAAUUCGGGUUCAGUCCCGGGUUCACGAUGGCAGAGCUCCACCAUACCCCCGCCUCACUGUGCUGCUGCCGUAAACCGCUGCCGGUCUCUGGGGCCCGGCCUGUCGGAGACUCCGGUCGGCCCCAGGUAGGCCUGCGCCCAGAGUCCCUGCGAUGCCCCCUGGUGGACGUGGCCUCAGCGUCUAACUUCAGGUGCUUUCAGCUGCGACACUUCCACCUGGACCUGCGGCUUAACUUUGCUGUGAAGGAGAUGAGCGGCUGGCUGGUUCUGGAUCUGAUCCCAGUCCAUCCGGGGGUCCACACCCUGGUCCUGGACUCCCACUGCUCUCUGUUAAUCCACUCUAUCGACUGUAAGGCCCCGGGGUCCGGACAAGAGGAGCCCAUGUCCCUCACCUACCGGGUCGAUCCCUUCACAGACUACGGAUCUUCACUCAACAUCAGCCUCCCGCCGGCCGCCGUGAGACCAGGGCGACUGAUCCAGAUCACGAUCCGCUACAGCACCACAGACGGACCGGCGAUCUGGUGGUUGGACUCGGAGCUGACCUGUGGUCGGUCUCGUCCUCUCGUCUUCACUCAGGGUCACUCAGUGUGUAACCGCUCCUUCUUCCCCUGCUUCGACACGCCCGCCGUUAAAAGCACGUACACGGCUUCCAUCAGGGUUCCAGAUGGCGUCACGGUGCUGAUGAGUGCGUCUCGGAGUUCGUACUCCAAACCGGACCGGGUCUUCCAGUUCUCUAUGGACUCUCCGGUUCCGUCCUACCUGGUGGCCUUGGUGGCGGGCGAGAUGCAGCACGUGGACGUCGGCCCGAGGAGUCGGGUGUGGGCGGAGCCAUGUCUGUUGUCCUGUGCGGUCAAGAAGCUAGGGGGCAGUGUGGAGCGGUGGCUGGGCGUGGCCGAGGAGCUGUUUGGUCCCUACCUGUGGGGCAGGUGUGACAUCGUGUUCCUCCCCCCCUCCUUCCCCAUCGUGGCCAUGGAGAACCCGUGUCUCACCUUCAUCAUCGCCUCCAUCCUGGAGAGCAGCGAGUUCCUCCUCAUCGACGUCAUCCACGAGAUCGCACACGGCUGGUUCGGGAACGCCGUGACCAACGCCACGUGGGAGGAGAUGUGGCUGAGCGAGGGGCUGGCCACCUACGCCCAGAGGAGGAUCACCACCGAGGCGUAUGGUGAGGCAUUCACCUGUCUGGAAACUGUCGUCCGAUUGGACGCCCUCCACAGACAGUUGCGUCUCCUUGGAGACAACAACCCUGUGAGCAAACUGCAGAUCAAGUUUGAGCCAGGUGUGAAUCCGAGCUCUCUGAUGAAUCUGUUCACGUACGAGAAAGGUUUCUGCUUCGUGUCCUAUCUGUCGCAGCUCAGUGGAGACGUCCGGGGCUUCGACCGCUUCCUCAGGGACUUCAUCUCUCAGUUCCAGUUUAAAAGCGUUGUGGCUGACGACCUUAUCGACUACUUCCUGUGUUAUUUCCCUGAGCUGCAGGACGCCGCCCACAGAGAGGGCCUGGAGUUUGAGCGCUGGCUGAACGGCUGUGGACCUCCUCUGUAUGAACCUGACCUGUCAGCAGGGGGCGCUCUGAUCCGGCCCGUCCAGGAUCUGUGUGACCUGUGGACAAGAAGCGUCGCCCCCGACCGUGGUGCCCUGACGACCUUUGACCUCUCAGCCUGGAGCACCUUUCAGAUAGUCCUGUUCCUCGACCGCAUGUUGGACCACUCGCCGCUGCCACACGAUGUGAUGCUGAGUCUGUCUAGUUGUUACUCGUCUCUGUUUGACGGUUUGAACGCUGAGGUUCAGAUUCGGUGGCUUCAGAUGGUCGUGAGGAACACGUUCGAUCCCGACGUCCCACGAGUCCGAGCCUUCCUGCACAAACACACGUCCAGGAUGUACACCGUGCCGCUGUACGAGGACCUGGUUGCGGGGGUGUUGAAGUGCGUUGCCGUGGAGAUCUUCUACCAGACCCAGCGGCGUCUUCACCCGAACCUUCGCCGGACGCUGCAGCAGAUUCUGUUCGGAACCAGCUCAGCCAAUCAGAACAGCUCGUCUCUCCCGGUUCCAUCCCCCGCCACGCAGCCGCCGCAUCCCACUGCCUCCGCGGCUUCCGCCGGGACGACGGCCGCCAUCGCUCUGAGGGACGUCAAUGUGUCGGCAUGACGACAGUCAUGGGAUAGAAUUCUGGCUAUGGUCCGACAAAUGAUGUAAGAUGUUGCUGUGACAACAGCGGAGUGCUACAGACACUGAAAGUUGAAACACUGACAUCACGACAGGAAGUUCAGUCCCUGGUCUGAAUGUGUGGGUGUUUGAGGGGUCAGAGGUCAUGGCCCGAUUUUCUUGUUCAAACCGAUGUGGCCUCAGCGUGACCUUUAAACCUUGAAUGGAUUCAGGGGGAGGAGUCAUUGGGUGGCAUCACCUGAGCGGCCUUAAGGCUGUGGUCACUGCAGCCGUCCAAUCACCAGCGACCUCAGAUUCACUGUGAGAAGAAACGAGACAUUUCAAAUCACUGAUCAAUACUUCACUUUCUACACUGAAGCAGAAACGUCUCAUGAUUCAUCGUUUGAUUUUAAAUUAAAUAAAAAAACACUUGAAACAAUAA